AUGAAUUAUCAAAGCUAUAAUAAUUGUGCUGGAUAUAUUUCAUCUCCUGAACUCCCUUGGUCAUAGAGGAAAUAAGGCUCAGAGGGUGAAUUUGAACCACAAGACGAAUAAAUAUUAGAAGAAACCAAUUCUAAAUUUUAAAGUAAAUUCUCUUUUGAGGAACAACCUAUCAUACUGAUCUCCCAGGGCUUAAAUCCUAGUGCCUCUCAAAACUCUAUAAACGAUGAAGUGCAACCGUAAAUGAUGUAAAUCGAAAUCCUCAGUCCCUCUAAAUUAUUAAGAACUAGCAAAGAAAUUAAGAGCACUUGCUCAAUUGAUAGCAAGCCUUAAACAACUUCAAUACAAGAAGAGUUGAUUGUGAAUUCAAGGACUAGAAGGAAAACAAGCAAAGCUAACUAUAAUGUUGAUGAGUCUCCUACUCUGGACUCAGAAAUUAAACCUUGUCAUUGUUCUAAAACUAACUGUUUACAAUUAUACUGUUCCUGCUUUCACAAUAGAAGAUAAUGUACUUAAGAAUGCAAAUGCUGUGAUUGUUAUAAUGAUGGACAACAUACAGAUGAAGUUCUUAAGGCAGUUGAACAAAUCAAAAUCAAGGAAUAAAGGGCCUCGCAUCACGAUCUUGAUUCUUUUGACACUAGAUAAGUGUGGGGAUGCAAAUGCAAAAAGACUAAAUGUGUUAAAGGAUAUUGCGAAUGCUUUAUUAGAAAUAAAAAAUGCAGUUCCCACUGCCAUUGUUCAGAUUGCCAAAAUAAAAAAUAAAAAACAUAUCAACACAAGAAAAUUAAAAAAAUAUGA